AUGUAUGCUUUUGUUAGAUUCUUUGAAGACGAUAUGUGCUACGCGUUGCCCGUUUCAAAUGUGGAAGAUUUCAGACCUCUGCACAAAACAGAUUUUGAUAAUCAGAAGGUGUAUCUGGUUCACAGAACUGAGGAGAAUGGCAGCGCAGGCCAGCCGUGCGAAGCACAGAUCCUUGCCCUUGCAGAUACAGUAGAGGAAUUUGAAGACAGUAUAAUGCAAAAGAAGAUGAAAAUUCCCAAGAUGUCCAUCGACAAUUCAGGAAACUCUAUUGAGAACAAUUUUGGAGAGGAGAGAAUGCCACUCAGGCAUAAAAAGGCCCUGUCUCAGGACCAUGGACGCCCCCUCUCCAACUCCUCCAAGAGCCUGGCAGCAGUAGUGGCUCGCCUGGAGAGAAAUGCAGCCAACUCCUGUAUGGAGGGCGAAGAGGACCUGGAUGAGGACAGGCUGGCUGAGGAGGGAGAGGAUGCAGAAGACGAAGAUGAAGAUAUGGAGGCAGAGCAUCAGCAACUUAGUCACCAGCAGCAGCAACAACAGCAGCAUUUAGAAGUGGAUACGGAUUGUGUGUCUGAUGUAGCCGCAGCCGUGGUUCCAAGAGUAUUGUAUGAGGAGCUGGUUCACAGCUACAGACAACAGGAGGAGGAGAUGAGGAGGCUGCAGCAAGAGGUGGAGAGAACCCGUAGGCAGCUGGUACAGCAGGCCAAGAAGCUGAAGGAAUAUGGCAGCUUGCUGACAGAAGUCAAAGAACUGAGGGACUUCAACAGGAGGCUGCAAGAUGUACUUCUUAUGAGACUGGGCAGCGAGCCUAUGCAUGACAAUGGCACUCAGACAAUCAAGGCUGAAGUGGUUGAACCCAUUGUUGAGGCCCAGGAGACAUGCAGAGAAGAAGCCAACACCAGUUCCAGCUACUCACCCUCACCUAGAACAGUAUACACCUGCAAUGAUGGGAAGGUACACCUUGGCGGUGGAAUUUGGGUAGAGGAGGAGAAGUGGCACCAGCUGCAGCGGACCCAGGGAGACUCCAAGUUCACAAAGAACUUGGCUGUAAUGAUCUGGGGCACAGAAACCCUCAAAAACCGAAGUGUCACAGGAGUGGCCACCAAAAAGAAGAAAGAUGCCCUGCCCAAACCUCCACUGUCACCCAGCAAGCUGAAAAUCGUCAGAGAAUGUCUCUACGACAGAGUUUCUCAAGAGACAGCCGACAGUGCAGAGAUUACGCAGAGAUUAUCCAAAGUGAACAAAUACAUUUGUGAAAAGAUAAUGGACAUCAACAAGUCCAUAAAGAACGAGGAGCGGCGUGAGUCCAAGCUGCUCAUCAGACAGACAGUCAAGAUGGAGAACUUCACCUACGAUGGCAUGUAGUGAUCAACUGUUGUCACACCAGCGCCUUCUGCCCCCCCCCGUGGUCCGCAGGAAGUUUAGAGGACUUAAUAUGGGUGGUUGGGGGAUGUUUGUCACAGUUUCAGGAGCAGUUGUAUUCCUUUGAAAUAUUGGAUUGGUUAUUAUGUGAAAUGUUUAAACAAAUAGACCCCUUCCCAGCUUCCUACAAAACAGCCAUCACCUUCCUCAAUGCCCAGUUUCCUCAUUGGCUGACAGACAGCUUUACCCACAAAUCAGAAGUUGAACACAAGUGAACUAGUUUAAUAUGAGUGUUUUUAUAAGCUUUACAGUGGAAUUGGUACAGAGACAUGGUUUGUUGAGGUGUGCGCAUUUGUGUCAAAAGAGAGAUUAGAUGUGAUUGUUAAAUUAAUUUAUUGUUCUGUGUCAGAACAUAAUUUUGAGUCAUUAAACUUUUAAAAAGUAAGAGGUUAUUUCCCUAGACAAAGUCUUCUGAUGCUAUAAGGAUGAUGCUAGCUUGCAUUAGAUCUUAGAUGUGUGGACAGUUGGAUGUUUUGGUGACUACCCAAUAACUGCGGUCUCUUGGUGUUUGCUGUUGGUGCUUUCUGCAUAGAAUGGGACACCAGUGUCUCAAAUGCACACGUCAUAAUUUGUAACAGCCAUAUUGCAUUUGCAACAGAGAUUCUGUUGCUCCAAGAGAGUGUGUGCUCCCCCUUAACUGUAGGUCAAUGACAACACAUCACUUUAUUAAAAAGAGGGCUUACAGAAUUUAACGGGAAGUAUAACUCUAAUGUAGAGUCUAUAGUGUGCUAUAUUUGUUUUGUUUUAUAUGUUGACCUUUUACUUAUGGCCAUUUGCCAUCACUGAGAGAGCACAAGGAAAGGUUUUUAGGGCAUAUUCCUGAGUCACUCUUAAUCAAACAUGUCCCUUUCAGACGAUUUGACUGUUUAAUGAUUUGUUGCGGUACAGGCAUCUUUGAUGCCUAGAAAGGCCUUAAAUGGAUUUGGCAAUCACCAGGGACUGGUAUGCCCCUGGGUUUUCUAGUAAGCUGUGAUUGUAAAUGUAUAGUAAGCUGAAGUGAUGAAGCUUCACCUGCACUUUGCUGUGAGAAUGUAAGAGUUGGCUAGGUACUAUUUUCUGUGUGAUUAAUACCAUCAAGUUGAGCUGAGCCAGGCUACUUUUACCCCCCCCCCCACGCCAAAACAUGCUGGGCUGCACAGGACAACUUGGAAUAGAGAGUCCGAGUGCAGCUCUGCACGGUUCAGGUCAUCUUCUUGUCGAAGCAGUGUUAGCUGUGGGUAAAGCUGUCUGAAAAACUGUUAUGCUGUUGAAGUUAUCUGGGCCUGCUGAACCCUAUAAUAACCCUCUCUUUUUUUAAGCCAUGCCACUGGGGAACAAAGUAAGGUCGCUCCAGUGACAGCUUCCUCUGGGCUAUGCCAUCAGAACUUUGAAAACUGUCUUCUUUUUCUCGUAUGUUUUUUUUUUGUUUUUUUUUGUUUUUUCCUCUCUACAGUUGUUUUAUUGUUUUGAUCCAAAAUGGUUUGCGUGGCUGUCUGCAGGCUGGAACCCAUAUGCUGCAGAUUGAAAUCUCAACUGUGACCUAGCUGUGGCUAACUGUGAAUCUGCUGCAGAGCUGCCCAUCAAGCCUUUCUCCUCUUUACACUCUAGAUUCUUGUUUGUCGGUUGGUUUAUUUCUCUCUAUCAUUUUGUCUGUCUUGGUUUUUGUUAUUUCAAAAGUUCAAAUCAGCCUUUUGUUAAGCUACCUUAUGUUUUCAAGAUAUUUUAGUAUACAUAACACACGUCUUUUUUUUAAUUUUUUCCACCAAACGUGGAUAUUUCAGUUUCUAGUCAUGUUACAUGUUACAGUUUUUUUAAAGGUUCUGGUCACGUUUUGGUUCAAUUACUAAUCAAUGUUGUAAUUCCAUGUUACCUGACAAUUUGUUGUUUCUUUUUACACUUCUGUAUUUUGGUUUGUUUGGGGGGUUUUUUUCAUAUGAAUUGUUGGCUUUAAGCUUGAUAUUGUAUCCAAAUCUAAAUCAGUGGAAUCUACAAACAAAUGAAAAAGGUUUGUCCCUUUCUUAGCCAAAGUUAUCUCUCUGGAACAAGAGAAAAAAGACUUUCCUUAACAUAAUAUUUUGACAGAGCCCAUACAUUAAGCUACGUUCACAACGUGAUAUUUGAUAGGCCUCACUUAGAAUCUACCUUCUAAUUAUCUGCCACAGUAAGAUGCAUAUCUAUAUUGUUAAACCCUUGUACUCUAGCAAAUUGAGAAAUGUAGUUAGAUCAACACAAAUAAUUUACAUUGAAUGCACUUUAAACUUCUGGGCAAUUUCUUCAAUCUUAAAAAAUUGUAUUUGUGGUAUUUGUCCUUUUUUUUUUUUUUUAAAAUGUCUCUAUAGAUUAAGGC